ACGCAAUCAAUGCAAUCACAAAACUUGAACAGCUAAUCUUUUUUGACAGAAGUGCACAGGAGAUAAAAUAUGUUAUUUGUUAGAUAUUUUUUUGUAAAUAUUUGUUAAAACAGCAAUUGUAUGAUGUGAUCACAAUGGGUGGAUGCAUAGGAAUAACUAGAAGCAGGAGCGGACCGAUCGAGGAGUCUUCGGGGACCGUAUCGCGGCCCAAUUCCGGUGGCCUGAGGAAAAACCAGUUAUUGUGUCAUGAGACAAUCAGGUGGAAAAGUGACGUUCCAUUGACAGAGGGUCAAUUGCGGAGUAAACGAGAUGAGUUUUGGGACACUGCGCCAGCGUUUGAAGGUCGCAAGGAGAUCUGGGACGCGCUGCGGGCGGCGGCCGUGGCGGCUGAAGCCAUGGACUUCCAGCUCGCGCAGGCGAUCCUGGACGGAGCUAGUGUCUCCGUGCCUAAUGGGUACUUGACAGAGUGCUAUGAUGAGUGGGGAACUAGAUACCAGGUGCCAAUAUACUGCCUGUCCCCGCCCAUCAACAUGGUGAAGGAGGCGCACGGUCGCGACUCGCCGGCGGAGUGGUCGGAGCCGGUGGAGGCCGGCGCGGAGCUGGCGCUGCGCCUGCGCCUCUCCAGCACUUGCAAGGACGUCGAGCUCGCCGUCUGCUCCAGGCACACCAUCGCGCACUGCAAGAAUAAGCUGCAUGCACAAGAGAACAUAGAGCCAUGGCGACAGCGCUGGUUCUACGGCGGGAAGCUGCUGGGCGACCGGCUGCUGGUGGAGGAGGCGCGCAUCACGCCCGGGUACGUAGUGCAGGUCAUCGUCAGCGCCGAGCCCAGCUAGUCGCGCCCUCCGGCUGUGUCUGUCUUCUAAUGUCCGUCACACUCAAACACGCCUGUAUAGUUAAUUUAUAUAUUUACAAAAUUCAUGUACCGACCGCAUGACGGUAACUUUGCAUAGAUCUUUUUGCAGUAAUAGGGCGAAUUCGCAAUUAAUUUUGGUGGGUUGAUGUAAUGCUGUAAAAUAAAACAUGGGAAAAUUGGGAACAUUACUACUUACAUAGAUGCUGCUUGUUUUUAAAUAAAUCUAUGAUCAGAUCCGAGAGAUUUUAGUUGACAAAGUUGUGAAUGAAGGAACGAUAUUGAGUUAAUUUUCAAUUCUCAUCCACUUUGCCGGUUACUCCUUUAGAAACAAAAUAUAGUUUAAAAUAAAGAUAAAAUGUAUAAUUUGGUGAAUAUAACUAAAGUUAAGAUUUAAGUCAUUUGUGUCAAGAUUGGUCUUUAUUCAUAACUUUAUUGUAUUAAGUAAAUCUGUCAACUAAAACUAUGUACCCUAUACUGCAAUUUAGAACAAUAGUCCCUAUUACUUCUGUUAUUAUUGUAAAAAUAAAUAAAUGACACUGUAUCUAAUAAAAUAAAGGCCAUUCCCUCGAUUUAUUAUGAAAAAAAAAACUGUGGGCGAUGAUUUUGACAAUGACAUUUUAAGGAAAGACAUUUCAAGGGAGAUUUCGUGAUUGCACGAGCUUCACAUAGAAUUUCACAACUUUCUACCUUCAAAGGUAGUAUUAUUAAAAUGUUCGGAAUUUGUAAAAUUUGAAUGACAUCAUAGGAUUUAUAAACCAUUUUUUUUUAUAAUAUUUGGUGGCAUUGCGACACUACAAAAUUUGGUACAGUAUUUUGUGACAAAAAUAUAUGUCACAAUACUCCAAUUCUGCGACACUACAAAAUUGGGUACAGUAUUUUGUGACAAAAAUAUAUGUCACAAUACUCCAAUUCGGUCCAAUGUUAUGGCGAUAGUUUAUAAAUCUUACUGAAGUUAAAGACAAACUUACAAACAUGUGUAGACCUUAUGUGAAGUUUAUCUAAAGUGAUGCGCCCUGAAUAGCAUUUACUACGAUGUAGACGUGAUUCGACGCCAUGCAGGUCCGACUGUUAACAUAUUGUUUGCCAUAUUUAGGUAAUCCAGGCUAUACAUUGUACAAAAACCUUAUAUACCUGUGUGACAUGUGAACGAUUUAAACGUGCACAAUGCACAUUUUUGACAGCUGUCACAAGCAUAUAACUAUGUAGUAUACAUACAUAUUUUGUGUCAAUAACCUUGUGAGCCCGUCUAAAAUCGAAGUAGUGCAAAAAUUCUGUUUGUACAAAUAAGGUCGCUUGAUUAGUAUAGUUUUUGCUACUAUUUAGCUAAAAUCUUAAUCAAUGCGACGUUUGCGCAAGACGUUAUAAGAUAUUGGGUCAGAUAUACCUACUUGUACUUCAUGCAUGUACGGCUCAUGGGUUGACGAACACUCACUGUGUUGGCGGCGAACGGCGAACGCAAUAUGCAGCGUUUGGCGGCGCGUUGCGGGUGCGCGCCUUUGUGCUGUGUAUGCGAUAUCGUCAACGUUAACCGAAGGAAGAGAUACCUAUUAGGAACAUUCAAAAAAGAGAAGAACUUUAUGUUUACUCUGUUUAGCGCGAUUUUAGUGUGUCUCGAAAGGGUGAGUUGUUACAUUGAAACCGAAUUUGCACUUUAUGUCUUGAGUAAUAAAGUAAAUUCUUGAUUUGCAAUCGCUUCCCUCGGUCUUCGUUGGCUUGUAAUGUACCUGGCGGUAAAUAAUGCAUUUCAGGUUUAAGGAGUAGAUCGAUUUGAUGUAAAUCCUUCUCUCUCGCACUUCGAAAAAGUGUGAAACCGAAAAAAGUCAAAGUAGUUUCUAUUUUGAUAUUUGUCAACAUUAGCAAGAAUAUCAUCGCUUAAUACGCGGUAAAAAUCAAGCCAAAUGUUUAAUGUUGCAUAGGAAUUGAGUGAAAGAGACGUCACUAUACCGGUUUGUCUCUCUACAAUCCUUUGAAAGCCUGCUUUUCAUUACUUAGCACUCGGUAACUGUACAUAGUUAGAUAGAUAUAUAAUAUUUUGUCGGAUAUUUUUGUGUUGGACGCUCUUUCGUCUGAGUGAAUGAGUUGGUUGUCUAUUCUCUAUGUGUAACAAAUUUAUGUUUGUUCUUGAUUUCAGUUGAAAGGCUAAUAUAUUUAAUUUAUAGUAAAAAGUUAUGUUUACAUGUAAUUAUACUUUUUUCCUUAUAUUUUUUGGGUAUAACGUAAAAUAGCGUUUUUGAUUUAUUUAUUUACAUACGUUAUAUCACAAGGACGAAUACUCGUGCUUUCUCAUCGCUACGUAUUCCAUAUCAGAAUAAAACAUAUAUAGAUAUAUUCUAAAUAUAUGUAGGUACCAUAUUGAUCAACUGAAAGUUAAUAUAGGUAUUUCGUAUCACUGCAGUAAUAAUACAUUUAUAUUAGGUAAAUGUAAUUAAAUUUUAAAAUUAUAACAGAUUGUUAAGAUUUUGUGAGCACAUAUUAUGUAUAAAUUUUAUUUAUUAUUGGGAUAAAUUUAUUGUAAUUUUCUUGUAUGAAUGGAAUUUUAGUAAGUAAUUAUUGGAGAUUUUAAAAUAGUAAAUACUUCAGUUUUGAAACAACGGACUGACAGAAUUACAACUUUUUAAAUUUACAAUAAUUACUUACGUGUUUCGAUUUGUCUACUACUAUUGUGGCCUCUGAUUUUAUAUUAAGUUUCGUCACAAACAUAUAUCUACUUAGUAGGGUGUAAUAAAGUAAUUUUUUGUAUAACACGUAUUUAUCGAGGAAGCCCCAAUGUAGUGUAAAGUUAUUUGGGACGGAAUAUAGGGUAAGUGCGUAUGAGAUUUUGUAAGGAGGUGAAUGGUGCAACAACAUCCAUUUUAACCUCGAAUAUUAUUUUUAUUGGGUAUAUUAUUUUUUACUUAUAAGACUGUUGAACAGACUGUCAAUAAGUCGUCGAGUUAGAUAAGAACAUUACUCCAAGACUAGCUCAAUGAGUCCAUAAAAUCACAUGAGAAAAGUGAAAACAUCUGAAAGAGCACAUAGUUUUGCGGGUAUUCGAUGAGACUGAACCGAAACGAAAACGCUCGUUAGGGUAUACUCUGCUCGAGUCGAUAAAGAAAGCGACAGAGUGCAAUGUUUUCGCGUCUGUCGUGUGGUCUCAAGCACAAGUUUUUAUAUUUAUCUAUAUGUAGAUGGUUGUUGUAUCAUUUACCUCCAACGGUGUGCGAACGCUGUAUUGUUUUAGUUAGAUUUAAUCUAUUUCACUAUUUAUUUAUUGGCGGCGCGCUGCCAUUUUCUGCAGUAGGUUAUAUUUAUUUAUCAGUAUAUGUGGUAUGCUAAAUGGAUUUGAAGCCGGGCUAGCUGGGAAUGACAUGAUCAUGUCUGGUCCAGUUAUUUGCAAUGGCGCGCUAAGUCAAAUUUGAUGUUUCUGCCAGUUAAUUCAGUCGUGAAACUACUACAAAUCAAAUCAAAUAUUCGUUAUAUUUGAUUUGAUUUGUAGUAGUUUCACGAGAUAUGGUUUUUUGUUGGACUUUAUCAAUAUUUUUAUCAAAGGAAACUAAAGACGACGUGCUAGCGUAGCCAAAUGAGAUAGAACAUACAUAUAACUUCCCGGCCCAUCUCAUGGCGUUGUAAAAUCGAUCACACGAGGGGUAAGUGCUAUGAAUAGCACACCGAAACUUCUCGUGCAUUUCUAAUACGCAAUUUUCUUUUUUAUAUAAGCGAGACGAGAAAUAUGACGAUGUCUAUAGCUUUCCUUGUUUACGAUUUUUAAGGGAUUGUCAAAGCAUUAAACAUCAAAUUUGGCAUGUAUCACAUGAAUAUAUAUAAUAUAUAAAAGAAUGCGUCACGCGCCGCUCCGCUCUGCGUACAUAAAGCGACUGCCAUGUAUUGUGAUUAGUUACUUUAUACUUACGUAUAACAUAUUAUUUUAAUGAUCGCUAGACGUUAAUUUGCAUGCUGUAAUAUAAUGUCGGGUGCUGCCGGUUUCAGCGGAUCAAGCUGCUUUUUGCAAAAUGAGACAAACUGAGACCAGAAUAAAGAUGUUUAAAAAUAUGUAUAUAUUUUAGACUGAAAUAGAACAUAACAUUUUCCUUUUAUAACGCCAUAUAGUAUAACCAGAGCUGUUAUUGACUUAUUGUACAUAUCCAAUACACUUCAGAUAUAUAGCGCAAGUAAAGUUUUUUUUUACGAUUACCAUGUCCUUCUACGUGAAAACAAAUAAGUAUAAGAUGUUUUUGUGAUGCAAUAUAAAUUGCUCUGUAAAUAUUGUACCAUUAACUUUAAAACUAUAAUUUCAAAGUAUAGUAAAUCCCCUUCCACACGACCCAAUUUUACGCCCAAUUUGAUUAGAUUGACAGUAAAAUUGGGUCGUGUGGACGGAAGUAUGAAAUUCAAAGUCAUUGGGUGGUCGGUAUCGCCCGAUUUGGGAUUGCUCAGUCAAAUAUUGAAAUUGGCGAUAUAGUUGUAUACGUCCGCUCAGAUUGUACCCAAUUCAAUCAGCAAUCAAAUUGGGCAAUCAGAUUGUGUCGUGUGGAAGGGGUUUAACGUGAAAAAUGUAAAAUGUGUUCGGUUCGCUGAGGCCGGCCCGUUUUGUGGUUGAGCUACUAUUGUAUGUGACGAUAUUUCUCGAGUGCGCACGCGCGUGCUUUACGUGUAAGGGCCCGUUUCACCGCCUGCUAAUAAAGUAUAGAAGUGUUGGAUGCAUCUGCAUGACAGAUUUCAAUAUGAUAUUUUAUCAGUAAGUGGCCCUCAAUGUUGUUUAUCGAAGCUAGAUUAUUCCGCUUGAUUCUUCCAUAAACAGGUUUUUUCAAGUUUAGUUUUGAGGUCCCACUGCUGGGCAAAAUUAUCUCUUUAAUGCAUUCAAUUUUUAAAUAGUUAAACCUCGAUCCAACUUUAUGUGGACAGUACAGCAUGUUAAACUUAUAGCGAUUCCGAUCACGAUAAAAACCAGAUUAUCAGAAAUUUUAUGCCGCCUCUGUCCAAUGUUGUCUAUGUUUUUUCUUGAUGAUUUUAACAAUUUAAUUCUCUUAACAGUUAAACCCUACACAAAAUUGAGCGGAAGAGUGUAUCUACGAAAGUUCACUUCUAGCUUUGUACUAAAAUUAGUUAACGCACAGUGUUGAAGCAGGUUUUGGCUAUCGUUGAGCUGUUUGGGCAAUAUAAAUUAUUUCUAAGCUAUUUUGGUUUCGCUAGCCAUUCCACGAUUGGUUAUUAAACUAUUGAUAUAUAUUAAGCUCUGGUUAGGCUUGGAAUAGUUACUCUUUGUUUUGUCUCUUUCCAGUAUUUAACGAAGGAACGAUACGGAACAAUAACUAUUUGAGACUAGUGGUAUAAUAAUUAGGCAAAUUCAGACUUUAUACGACUUUCGGAGGAAAUAAAUUUAAAAUUUACGAGCGGCGUAUGUGAAGAAAUGGGUUAAAAUUGAAUUCGUUCGCAUAAAGUCUGUUUUGAUGAAGUAUUGUGUCCUUUAUUUAGUUCCAACGUUUUUCAUUUUACGCUCCAGCGUAUGCCGUCAAGCUAAACUGAGCUUUACUGUUUUUGACGAGAGUUCAUUAUAACUUUACGUCGUAAGCUAGCGCGUAGAUAUUAUAACGUUAGGAACUAAUAAGGUCCCGGAAGAAAUAUCUCGAAAUUAAUUUUACCUUAAAAACUAAAGGAUUGUGUAAAUUCUCCGCUAAGUUAACGUAGAUUUUAAGAGAGUUUUAUAUAAAAAAGUAAUUUACGUUCGUUUUCGUAGACUGUCCGUUCCGAGUGACCGCACGUCCUGCAGUGAUGUGAUGUAAAUUGUGAGUUUGUCUGUUACACCUGCCUGACACUUUCUGAAACCCUUUUCACACUAACAGAGAGCUUGGACCUAUUUAUCAUGGUAACUGAUGAUCACAGAGUGAAGGAGACCGUGUUUAAUUUCAAAUUAAAUUUUGUGAGAUAUUACCAGUUGAAUGUCCCUGAUGCAUCAAGUAUAAAAAAAAUAUAUUUUUAAACAGACUGGGCUGGCUAUUAUAGUUCCAUUCGACUACGUUUUCAUGUAUUUACCUUACAAAUAAAACUUGUGUUUUAAAAAUUAAAACUUCAUGGAACUUCUUCAUUCUGGAAUACAACCUAAGUGUGAAAAGGAGUUAGCACUGUUUUACUUUAUCUUGUAAAAGUGUAAUUUUUAAAUCGUUUUAUUCUGUACUGUCAUUUGUUAAGUAUUGUUUCAAGUAAAUAUUGAUUUAACCGCAA